GAUAAUCAAGUAUAUUUAGAUAAUUGUUUGUGUUUGUAUUAAAAUAGACUUCUUUUUUUUUUUUUAUUAAUAGACAGAUAAAGAUCAAAAUGUUAAAUGUGAUUUAAUUGAACAAAUCAAACAAGCUAAACGUAGUAAUUUAAAAGUACGUUCUCGUUUACAAGCUAUUGAACAUAUGGAUUUACAAGAAAAUCGUCAUAUGUCAUCAUUUGAAAUACAACUUUAUCAAUAUCCUCAUCUUAUAUCUCAAUAUUUAAUUGAACUUGAUAAAGAACAUCAUAAAUUAAGUUUAUUUCUUUAUUGGAAUAAACAUGAAAAUAUCUUUUGGAAAUGGAUGGAAAGUGUACUUGAUCAACCAAUAACAAUAGAAAAUAAUGAAUUAUUACGCGAUGUUAAUUGUCAAUAUUUAGAAGCAGAAAGACAAAAAUUUAAUGCAGCUAUUGAUACUCUUGAUAGUGCAUUGGUUCAACUUGAACAAUUAUGGAUAUCAAAUGAUAAUCAUCAAUCAAUAGAACGUGAUGUUUCAUUGAUUAUAACAUCGAUCGAUACACAAAUAUCAUCUCUUUUUAAUCAAUUAUUAAAUAAUAAAUCAUUAUUAAGAAACAAAUCUUUUUCAGAAUAA